GUUACAUCCACUUUUGCUCAGUCACUCAGUCGAGAUAAGGUGAUUUCUACAAACACACACACACACACACACACACACACACAGAGUCCUGCUUUCUGUCACUUCCCGGAUCCAGCGUGUGCAAGCUUCUGUGGAAAGUUUCUUGAAAGUUUGUUGUUGGAGGGAGGGGGAUCUCGGUGAGCUUACAGCGGCGCCGCAGCACUCACACGUAUCAGUUCGGGUCAGAGCUCCGGGAUGUCGGCCGUGAAGGCGCUGCAGCAGUGGUGCCGGGUCCGGUGCGAGGGCUACCGGGAUGUGUCCAUCACCAACAUGACCACGUCCUUCAGGGACGGCCUGGCUUUCUGCGCCCUCAUCCACAAACACAGACCCGAUCUCAUUAACUUUGAUUCACUGAAGAAGGAAAAUGUCUAUGAGAACAACAAACUGGCGUUCAAGGUUGCGGAGGAGGAGUUGGGAAUUCCAGCACUGUUGGAUGCAGAAGACAUGGUGGCUCUUAAGGUUCCUGACCGUCUCAGUAUCCUGACAUACGUCUCCCAGUACUACAACUACUUCCAUGGACGCUCCCCGAUUGGUGGUAUGGGAGGUAUAAAGCGUCCAGCUGAAGGCCCCACAGAGGAACCAUCUGGGAAGAAGAACCAGCCAGUGGCAUCUAAGGUGUUUCCCUCUUCCAAACCGGCCAGAGAGAACAGCCCCCCCCCCACCUCCAACAUCAGACGACCCUCUCCUUCCCCAAAACAAACCAGAAAUGCCACGCAGGACGUUCUGGUUGAGAAAUCCCAUCAGGCAGGCACCCUGAGUAACAAAUGUGUGUCCUGUAACAAGCAUGUUCACCUGGUGCAGCGACAUCUAGUGGAUGGGAAGCUCUAUCACAGGAACUGUGCAAAGUUACUGUCACCUACAAACACAACUACAACUCUCAGAGAUUUACCCACAAACACCCUUGUUUCUCAGUUCACUCCUCUACAAGACUCCACUAAAACCAACACAACUACUCCCACUCAUACACCCUCCAGACCGGGACCAGCAUGGCUGACGGAGAAACCCAGCGCCUCUCCCAGAUUCUCCAGCACUUUUUCUGCUUCGUCUCCUUCCCAGCCUGCUUCAAGUCUCUCUUCUGCUGCUAAAGAAAGUCAGAUAGCUAUUGUCUCCAAACCCACAGAUUCACGGACUACUUGUCAAUCUACCUUCACCACAACCACUUCUAUCAACACCAGGCCCACUGCUGCUCCUCGUACCUCAACCACGGCGGCGAAGACAAUGCAGUCCAAGCUCAAGUUCUUCCAAUCAGAUAACACCACAAAGGAUGAAGAGAAAAAGACUACAACCACCUACAUUGACAUAAAUAAAAGGCCAAGUGUAACUGGUAAGGUCCAGGAGACCACAGCAGGUCAGGCUGUUACUGUGGUUGUGAAUGUUGGUGGUAUUGAUAGAAAGCAAGCAAAUGUGAGCUUGAACACGGGUGGGGAGAGAGCUAAAGCAGCUGGUGUAAGUAGAGAUUCUGGAAGGGCAGGUGAGAGUAGUAUGACGAAAGCAUCAGCAGCAGCCUUCAUCUCCAAAAAACUGGCAGAGGAGAACAACAAUAACAACAGUAAGCCAUCGUGGACGACUGUAGCGCUGAAGAAAACUGACAAACCUUCUCAAGUCGAGACUCCAAAGAGGGAGACAGAGGGUGUCAGAGGGAGAGUGAAGCUGAAAGUAGACCCGGCACUCCUCGCUGACCUGCAGACUCUGGACACCCCGAACUCUGCUCCGACCCCGGCCAGCAGGAGUGGACUCAGAGCCAGAACUCCAGACAGAGACGCCUCAAAGCCCGGCAGUGGAUCGCCCAACACCUCAGCAUCAGAAAAUGAGUCUCCCGUGUACUGGAAGUCAAAGCUCAAACCCAUCUCCAAAGAAACCAAACCAGCUGGUUCUUCACAGUCCCCUAAACCAUCGGCUAAUGUUGCUGGAAAGUCACAGACUUCAGAGCUUUCUGUCAGGCCUUCUCCCUCCCCUCAUCUUCCCAGCCCAAGCAUUUCUGUCACUCCACCAGCAUCAAAGGGUAACAUGGUCACCAACAUGUGUUGUAAUGUUGUUCAGUUUAAAUAUGAUUUGGACAAAAAAAACCAAAAAAAUAUACCCAUACAUUGCUAUCUUCCCAGUUCUUCUUUUAUUCUACAUAGAUGUGACAAUGUUUCUACCACAAAUGGUCUUCCUAAAGAAUGUCUAAAUAUGACUCAGACCUCUCAGGGUUUCCUUCCUCUUUUUGUUUUUGUUCUUCACAGUCUUUAUAAUUUUUUCUGCAUUUUAUCUCUUUCUGUUUCAGGAUUUCUGAAUGGUCAGAGAGACCUAACUGCUAAUGGUAGCAAGUCAGAGUCAAAGAUUUCCAAGACUAAGCCAGACUACAUUCACAAAGACGACAUCAUAAAGGAACUGCAGGAGAUUGAAGAUAAUUUAAAUGAGUUGGAGAAGAGGGGAGUUGAGCUGGAGAUGAGGCUCCGCAGCAGUGAAGAAGAGGAUGAAGAUGACUCUCUCAUGAAUGAGCUCAUGGUUGAGUGGUUCAACUUGAUCAGGAACAAGCAGGUGGCCAUUCGCCGGGAGUCUGAACUGGUCUACAUUGGAAGAACCCAGGACCUGGAGGAACAGCAGCCCAGUGUUGAGCAGGAGCUCAGGAGACUGAUGGAAAAACCAGAACGUCUGAAAACAGACGGGGACCGGAAGAGAGAAGAGCAGCUGAUGGCCAAACUGGUGGAGAUCGUCAAUGAUAGAAACGCUAUUAUAGAGGGUCUGGAUGAAGACAGACUUAGGGAGGAAGAGGAGGACGAGGAGCUAAACAAGAUGAUGAUGAAUCUCAACAUAAAGAAAGACAAACCAAAGAAAAAGUCUCCGAUGUCCAAACUGUUCGGUUGGGGGAACAAGAAGGAGGGAUGAUGCUCCGCAAAACACAGCUCUGCCACUUGCUUUGAUGUUUUUUGCUUGUUGUAGUCUUAAUGUCAUGGUACUCAGCCUGUGAUUCAUGGGAUAACAUGGAUAAUCUGUGUGUGUGUGUGUGUGUGUACAGUAUGUUUGAGUAAGUGAGUGAUCUGUCAUUUUAAGUGCUUAUAGAAAAAUGCCCUUCCCUCUGUCAACUGCAUCACUCAAGAUCUGAUGUUACUCUUGCCUGCUAGUGCCACACACACACACACACACACACACACGCACAGAUGAUGUUGAGGGGUUAAUGACUCACCAGCCAUGAUGUGAUUGGGUUCAGCGCUUCAGUUGUUAGUUUUAAUACCCUUCUAGUCUUAAUCUGUCUACUUAAUGUUGUCAAAUACACACAUACACACACACACACACCUUUUCUUCAUAUGUAUAUUGUAUAUACACAGUAACACUACAUAUGCUAAUAUGAGUUAAAGAACAAAGGUCAGACAGCUGUUUCUUGCUCUCUGGUCAUGUUUUAGGCCACACUACAAGUCACUAGUGACUCGGUGACUUUCUGACCCUGUUGUAGUAGAUUACAUGUUGAACUUUCAUUUCUCUUUUAAUCUUAAAGGUCUCUCUGUAGUUUUCUGUCAAAUACAGGACUCAUUUUUUCUCGGACACCAACAAGUUUACUCAGAGCGCUGCCCUUUGAUAAGGUGACAUGUUUUUUUGUGUGUGUUUUUUUUUUUUUAAUAAAAUCUUUUAAUAGCAUCUUCUAGACCAGUGGUUUCCAACAUGGGGUUUAGGAGUUGUGAGAUGGUUUACAGAAAAGCAAAAAGCAAAGAGAACAUUAACAAAAUGAUGCUAUUUUUUUCAGAAUUAUUUCUCAUGAAUUACAGGAUACUUUUUGGGCCAUUUUUAUUUUCCUAUCCAGCCAUGUUCUACUGUAGUUGAAUAUGUAGUUGUAGUCUGUUUUUACGGUUGACUAGAGGAAAAGGAUGAAUCUGGUUUGUGUCUCAAAGGUUUAAGUAUUCAAGCUAAAAGCAAAGAGUCAAUUGAAUGUUUGUGAGUCUUAGAAAUACAAGAACUGGUCCAUAUUGGAUCUGGAUUUGUACAUGUUUUAAAUAUGUGAACUGAACAUGAACUGUUUAGUUUGUGUGUGUGUCAUAAUCUAUUACUUGUUUAAGUCCUUUUUGGAGAGGCACUGAAGCAAACUUUUUAAUCUGUGUUGUGACUAAACUGCUUAAUUUCAGCACAACUAAUUGGUAAUACACAACAUUUAACAUUGUAAAUAUAUGUUAAUGUUCUUGUUCCCUUUAUUCCCCUCUAUCUCAGCUGUAUAUAUUGUAUAAAGUUGGUACUUAUAACAUUCUGAUUAUUAAAUGGAGAUACUGGCCUGGAUUUUAAUAAAUGUACUGUAAUAAAUGUACUCAAAUUCUAUAAAGAUCACAUCAUAUAAAAAGAUUUACUCAUA